ACCCUUAAAUAUAGACGCACACUCUCUACUCCUGAACGUGCUCCCGCCCUUCGCCACUGCCACCUCACCGCGUUCGGCUGCUUAUAUAACGUCGCUAGAAGCUUCAUACAAAUACAACCAAUAUUCUCGACAAAUGCUGCGCUGAUGGUUACGUAGGUCGAGUCGAGCACUCGUUUAGCGUCUAGCUUUCGUAGACAGCUCCCGGCCAGCCCUCUUGCUACUGCUAGAAUUUGGAGUCACUUAUGCGGAGGAGCUGAACAAAGGCCAGGAGAGCGAGCGGCGCGACUGGCAGCAAAUGCGCACUGCUUGGUGACACAGCUGCAGAGGAAUUGAUGUGGCGUGGUGGCUUGGGGUGCGAGAUGGAUUUCGCGACUUCCAGCCACCGCCAGCGCUGGCUCUACACUCGGACGGGGUUGACGGAGGAGCGACACAGGCUGCAGCAGCGGGUGGUGGACGGACUGCGGCAGCAGCGGCACGCGGCAGCGGCAGCGGCGGCGGCACCCGGUGACGGCGGCGGUGGGGCCGAGGUGGCGGGCAGUGCCACCAAGCGGGCACGAGAGCCCCCGCCUCUGGCGGCACUGGGCGAACUGCUGAUGCUCAAGUACUACCAGCAGAUCAUUCAGGAAAAAUGCCGCGAGAUGCGCAUGCCGGUCAAAGUGAUGGCCACGGCCAUCCUGUACCACAAGCGCUUCUUCCUGCGCCACAGCAGUAUGGAGUACGACCCGGGCCGAGUCAUGAUCACAGCCAUAUUCAUGGCCACAAAGGUGGAGGAGUACUACACGCGCGCGGCCGACAUCGCGCGCUCCUUCGACGUGACGGAGGACCUGGUGGUCAAGCAGGAGGUGGCGCUGCUGGAGGGCCUCAACUUCGACCUGGUGGUGCACUCGCCCUACCGCGCACUGCAGGGCCUCAUGCAGGAGCUGAAGGAGGCGCGGGCGGCCGCCUCGGGCGCCUCCUCCCCGCCCGGCAGCGCCUCCCCGCCGCCGCCCGCCGCCUUGCCCUCGUCGCCCCAGCUGCCGCCGCUGGAUGAGGGGCUGCUGCCGGCGGCGCUGCCCGACUCCCCGGGCCUGGACGCGGCCGCGCGCGCCUCCUUCGGUGCGCUGGACGCGCUGAUGCUGUCGGACGCGCCACUGCUGUACGGCCCGGCGCAGAUGGCGGCGGCGGCGCUGAGGAGCGGGUUCAAGGCCAAGGGCGUGCGGGUACCGAACUUCCUGGCACGGGUAGCGCAGCGGGCAGCGCUGUUCAUGGGGCCCAACGGCGGCGGCACCGGCACUGGCGGCGGCAGCGGCGGCGGCGGCUCCUCGGCCUCGGCCUCGCCGGCGCCGCCGGACGACCCCGCGGCGGCGCUGACGGCGGUGCUGGACGAGCUGGACCAGCUGGGCAGCGAGGGGGCCCGGAGGGUGGAGGUGGAUGAGGUGAAGGAGGCCAACGCCGCGGCGCGCGAGUGGCGCAACCUGCUGAAAGAGGCGGGGGCAGCAGCAGCAGGAGGAGGAGGCGGAGGAGGGGGAGGCGCGGGAGGCGGCGGCGGCGGCGAGGACGCUGCGCGCGCCGCCAAGCGGGAAGCCAAGAAGCGCGAGCGGGCAGCGGCCAAAGCAAGAGAGGCAGAGCUACUCGGCAUGCCGCAGCAGCAGCAGUAGCAGCCGCGGCAGCGGCAGUAGCAGCUAGCGACAGUAACAAUUCUUGGCAGUAGCAGUAGCAGCAGCCAAUGGGAUUAGCACGUAGCAGCAUCAGUAGCAGCAGCACCCCGCGGUCCGCGUGCCCCUUGGGACGGGACACAACGCCGUCCACACCUAUCCACCUAUCUAUCUACCGGUCCCACCGGGCUUGGCUGGGGCCCUGUCCGGCAGGUGGCAACCGGCACCCGCUGCGACGGUACCCUGUGCCGGCGCCGCGGCACGCGGGGGUCCGCUACACAGGCGCGCGACACAGCGCCGGCGGCUGCCCGGGAAAUGUAGCGGCCCGCACUUCCGCCCACUCGCGCCGACACGGUUUCGGGCACACGGGCCCUUUCCCACCACGGACGGUCCUCGCAGCAGGGCGGCACGCACGCAGUGUGUCAGCCCCUUGUCUCAUGUUUUCACCGACAGCGAAUAAAUCAUUUUGGAAACAGGGUGGCCGCGAAUGGCCUGGGGUGGCAAGGCCAGUGUAUGAGUAGCAUCAAGUGACGUUGCGUUGCUCCGGCAUUGCUUGGCCUGAUGUGGGGGCCGGCCGCGGCACGACUCCAUAUACCAUACCAUAGUGUGUGUGCGCAAAUGGAAAGCAGGCAUCUGUGCAUAUCUGCCGCCUCUGACCAUAUUUCCUGUUGACUUGGUGCUUACUGCCGGCGGCUGCAUGGACUAGCUCGGCGACAAGUUGUGAUAGCAGCAGCAGUAUUAUUAUUGGGAAAGGGGUAAAUUUGCGGUGGUGGCCGGGGAUGUUAUGGCCCCGCCCCGUAGCAAUGAUGACUUUUCUGGCGUCCUGCCCUCCGUGCCUGUUUGCAGAAGGCAACCGAUACGCAGAGCGAAGCUUGUGCAUGGCGCCUGCAGCAGGGGUAGCGCUGAGCUCCCCUGUUGAAUCUGCUUGUGUGCUGCGAUACCGGUACUGGUGCAUACCGUGUUCUGGCUGCGUGUUAUUUUUCUGCAUGGACAUUUUGCUUCUGAGUUUUGGCGCACAUACCACUUUGUCUGUGUGUGCAUGGACGAGGGGCGCAGCACGCCGCACCCAGUGUCCGUACUGCUUGGAACUUGGUGGGGUGGGGGCAUGAAAGGGGACGGGGUGCAGAUGCGCGUGUGGGCUCGCGUGUUGUUCUGCGCGGCAAUGGCAGGGGAAUGUGCGUUGCAUGCAUGUUUUGAUGUGGAUGCUGGUAGUCAUUUACGAGGGAGAGCUGGGCAUUGAAACGGAGAUUCGACAGACGGUAGGAUGCAUGGGACCCAUGCGCCUCUGAGUGCCGGCAGCCUGCUUGCACCAGUGCACCAUGCAGCAGCGCGGCUUGGGCGUCGAGCGCUACGGACAACUACGCAAACCAACAACGUGUGUGCGGGCAUUUGCCGUGUUGUGUUGCCCGGACACGAGGUCAGGGGGCGUGUAGGGACGUGCCGCGGCGUGCUGGCGCGGGCCAAAAGCUCGACGAGACGGUUGCACGCACGCGCUUUCUUUGCAUAGUCCAUUUUGCGGGAGGACGAACAUUACGAGCUGCGAGUUCACACACGUACGAAGCCGCAUGGAGCUUGGGGAAGCCUGGAGGACGGAGCACAGGGCGACACCAGCGGAGAUAGCAAGGAGGCCAAGUAUAGAUACGGCGGUACUUGAAAUAAAGAUGGGUGGUGUUAAGCGUGCCUCACAUGAGUUACUAUGCUAGAGAAGGACUUGAAAGCGUGCACCCUGAUGUUGGUGUGAGCAAGGGGAUCGAUGCAUGACAGCGUUCUAUGGAUAGACUGGAUGGAACGGAGGCAGGAUGGUACGGAGGACGGAAAGCCCGCUAGAAGGUGAAAGGUUUCGGGUUUCAUGGUGCAUUCAUGCGUGACGGGGUGGAGGAUGCGGAGUUGGGCGGAGUCCCUGGGAGUGGCUGGAAGAGGCAGGUGUAAUGGGGUAUCCGUAUACUGGGGCAGCCGCUGGGUGGGUUGGCUGGGUUCUCAAAGUGCUAUGUUGUGCGAGCACAAGUAAUGAGCUUGCAUUCUUUCCUUGUAAUGAAGAGCGAUC